AUGAUGGAUAGAAAUAAAACUGCAGUGUUUGAAUCUUUGCCUGCCACUACUGCAACUAUACCGCCGAUUUCAAUAUCUCAAUCUACUCUAAGCACUGCUUCUACAAUGAUUAACUAUACAACAGACGAUGAUAAUACUGGUCCGCCUUUCUCACCUGUUGAAUCCACAUGUUCUUUCAUGUCGUCUAUUUCUGGUAUUGCCGAAAAAUCUGCCUCUGAGCUAGGUAUCCUCUUAAAGAAUGCCUACAAGUCUAUUAAAGAAAAAGAGAAAAAUUUAUACUUGGCAGCAGAAGUAGGUAAAUCUCUAUUAGAGCAUAAUCAAGCUCUAAAAUCUGAUUAUGAAAAAUUAUUACAAAAUGUGAAAUAUUGUGGAGAAGUCGUUCAACAACAACAACAACAACAACAACAACAACAGCAGCAGCAGCAAGACUCUAUAAAAAACAACAUUGCCAGAUGUAAGAAAAAAGAAUAUGAUGCUAUUAUCGAAACACUUGAACGAAAAAAUAGCGAGCUAGAGCAGUUAUUAGAAAUCGCUCAACAUGAAUCGGAUGCCCACCUUCAAAGUCAACUGAACAAGCAACGUAAACUCGAAGCAGAAAUAGAACUUUUAAAAAUCAAUUUGGACACUGCAGCUUCCACCAUCGAAGAACUUGAAAAUGCACAACAAGAGCGGGCCGCUCAACUAGUCCAACAAAAACGUCAUUAUGAAAAACGCCACACAGAAGAUGUCGCUUUGAUGGAGGAGCUGACGACGCAGAUGGAAAGCUUGUUUUGUGAAAAUAAACAAUUGCAGGCUUCGAAACGGGCCGUGGAGGAAAAAUUGAGGAUUUCUUUGCAGGAUUUAGAUAGAUUGCGGCAAGAAUUCGAACACUUUGAAUUAUCGCACGCCAACUAUCAGAUGUUAAAAGAGGCACUAGGACAACAAACAAUGCACAUCAAGGAACUGAAUGCAAGUUUGGAAGAUCACCGCUUAAUCUUGGCAAAGCUACAAGAGCAAGGCUUACUAUGGUCACCUCCCAUCAUGCGUAGUACUGGUGAUAGUUGCACUACAGCGCCUACAACAGCAACAACCCAUUCUUCGCUUUUCUCUUCUUUUAACCAACAGCCAUGUCUAAUGGAUGAACUUGACGUCACUCACAGCAAUUAUCUUGAGAACAAUAAUAGCAAUACGAGUGAAGAAAAAAACCAAAAUAGUCUGCCAAAUAAAUUGCUGAAAAUGGCGAGCACAACAGAACGGAACAUUACUUCAUUUUGUCAUUCACCCACUGAUUACGCAGUAGAUACAAUACUAUCCAAAUGGAUGGGGCUUGAUUUCUAUACCACCCACAAUAGUAACAUCGAAGCGGACAAAGUAGAGUUAUUUGAGCCCCUUUACAGUGAUAAGCGCUUCAAAGAAACCAAUCUGUAUCCGAUGGUCGUCGAACAUCUGACUUGCUUUAUGAAAGAGGAAGACGACAAUGCCCUUCGUGAAGCAAGCAGUAGCUGCAACAGUAACAGUGGUUUACUAAACCAUCUUUUAUGUAGAAUACGGUAUUUGAUCCGUUCUAUACUACGCUGGUGCCGGUUUGUCAUUGUGUUAACAGCUGCUAUCUUGAUGAAUUUGUGGAGGGGCCCUGAUAAUAUUUUAUUGGAAACAUAUUAA